CUGACGCUAGGUCAAGUUGACAUUGUAAAAAAUUUCUGCGCUAAAAUGUCGUAUUUAUUAACGGAAAUUGCCCUUGAAAUGCUGGGCUAUAAAUUUUACGAUACAAAUGGUGUAUUCCAUUUAAUCAACUUUCAACAAUCGACAGAAUCUGCCCAAUCCGAAGGACAGACACAUCCACAAGAACCCUCCUUAUCGGAGUUUAUUGAUAGGCCAACCGACGCGGAAUCCGAGAAGAAUAAUAGACAAAAGAGACACGACCAGGCACAGCCAUCAACUGUUCCCUCAACCAUACAAUUACGCGGCGCUCCCGUUCGUGCAUUGGCUAAAAUGAUGGAAUUCCAGAACGACAAACAGCAGCAACAGCCGCAGAAGCAACAAACACAACCGCAGCCGCAAAUGCAGCCCCAGCAUCAGCAGCAGCAACAAAAGCCACCGAAACGAUUAUCUAGCUCGUCAAUUGAGGCUGAACAAACAAAUACAACAAAUCCAACCAUUCGAACGCCCGCAAAAGCUUUGGCCAAUAUUUUGACCUAUGAAAGGUUUAAAAUACGCAAUCAAAUAAAAAUGCGUAUGGAAAAAACAGUGAAGAAAGAACCGGGAAGUCCCAGUCAGGAGGUGCUGCAAGAAUGUCUUAUGGCGGAGUUGAAAAAAUUAGUGAAAGACGCUAACGAAAUGCAGGAGUUUCGGCAGUUCUUGGAAGAGCGUCUAAAGCGCAUUGAUCCGUGUCUAUACGAAAACUACGUUGCAACAUUUCCUGCGGAUUAAUUUCAGCAUACAUUUAAGUUACUGUGUAAAAAUAUUAUUAAA